AUGGCGAUGAGAAACGUUCGGGCGGUACUUUGGCGCCUCUGCCAAAGCGUGUUGGUUCACUGCGCGUACUUCUCCACAAACUCUGGCCUUGGGGAGCUGCAUAUCGAUCGAUCUCUCUGGCUCGACCAAGGCUCGACAUCCGUGGCCUCGAUACCGCCACCCGUAACGAAUCCCUCUGAAGCUCUGGACUACGUCUAUAAGCAUGCUUGGGAACUUCAAUGGCCUCGCCACAGCAGUACAAUCUUCAAGGCCAACAUCAGCAUCCCUCUUGACACUGCGGACGACCUCGCUGUCGACAUCCCCGACUACUGGGAUUACACUUGCCUCGAUAACAUUCGCCCCGUCGCUCGUGCACUUGGUCUAACGACGAAAAUCUUGAAUGUUCUCAUCAUCCGUUCUGAAUAUCACUUGCUGCGGGAGAUGAUUGAGAGGCACAGUAGGCCCAUCUACGCAGAGCUGCCGACGGUGCUAGAGAUCGCCGCGAUCCUCAAAGACCACCACUCCGUCUCAUCUUCCGCAUUUCCACUCGUGACCAAGUGGGGACCGUCCGUUACAACGAUCGUCGCCAUCGCGAGUGUUAUCGUCGAGGGUCCUGAGGCAGCCGAAGAUAUCGAACGAAACAAGCAAACCGAUGUGGAACGGGCAGCGCGCGUAUUAUGCUCGGAUCAGUCGCUCUUUGCUUUGUACUUAGCCGGCGACUGUAUACCAGACAGCAACGGUUCCGCCAUCGUCUUCAUUCGCCCUCACCGUGAAUUUACAUCGAACAACAAAAUCGCCACGUCAUCGCGCGCAAUCCGUUUCAUCCCGACGACGUUCCUCCAGUAA